UUGGCUGUAGAGGUAAUAGGGCGAUAUCGGCGAGGGUGGCAGCUGCUGAGCUGCAGGUUUAUUCGUCCUGCAGGCGCCUUUGUGGAUGGAGGGCAGCGCUGGGCGAAAGAGCAUUCACAGGUUUCAGAAGCUUGGUUUAGUUCUCCUCGAGUGCCAUGGGGUUAGAAGCGAAGCACCUUGCUGUUCCUCACCCUUAUUGGCCUCGAAACCUGGAGCUCCAGCACUACAUCCCCAAUGACCGCCCCAUGUGGCAGAUAUUGACUUUCCUCUUCUCUGUCUCUGGGCUCCUGUUGAUAGUGACCUGGGUCAUAGCAAGAUGGCAGAACAGGACAGCUACCCCGCUUGGAACCUGGCGCUCCUUGGCUAUCUGCUGGUUUGCUAUCUGUGGCUUUAUUCAUGGUGUCAUUGAAGGCUGGUUCAGCCUGUACCACAAGGAAAUCGCAGGGGACCAGUCUUUUCUUUCACAGCUCUGGAAGGAAUACGCCAAAGGUGACAGCAGGUACAUCAUAUCAGACAAUUUCACAGUUUGUGUGGAGACCGUCACAGCCUUCGCCUGGGGCCCCCUCUGCAUCUGGACUGUGUUAGCAUUUCUUUCAGACCAGCCCCACCGGUUUGUGCUGCAGCUGAUUGUGUCACUGGGCCAACUCUAUGGAGAUGUUCUGUACUUUUCUACCGAAUAUCGCGAGGGCUUCAGUCACAGUGAGCUAGGGCACCCGAUAUACUUCUGGUUUUAUUUUGUCUUCAUGAAUGGUUUGUGGGUCAUCAUUCCUUCUAUCCUCAUCCUGGAUGCAUGGAAAAACCUCAGCACUUGCCAGAAGAUAACGGAUGCUGGCAAAUUCAAGAAGCACUGACCUCUUGCAUAGUGGAUCAUCAGGAACACAUUUGCCAUUGGAGAAGCACUGGAAUAAUUCAGGGAUUGGUUGGCUACUUUCUGGUGCCUUGUCUAGGUCCAUUUCCUCCCCUGCCCCCAUCAACCAGGGACAUUCUCCAAGUAUCCACCAAUUAACCCUCCUCGGGAUUAAGUGGAAUAGCCUUCUGUAUCUAUUUUACAGCUGCUGGAAUAUGCUCUGUCCUGCAGCUUCUUCCAGAAGAGAUUCCUCUCAAAGACCCCUGGAACUGAGAGUUGGGGCAAGGCAAGGAGAGUGUGUUGAGGGAAAGCCCCGUUGAACUUGGUAGGUUUUUAUUUUGAGCAAAUGGGUUGCAGGUCCCAUUAUGGAUAACCUCCAUGAUUCAAUUCUGUAUUAGACUAAGCAGAGCAGUGCUAUGAAGACUUCGUACAGUGGUACCUCUACUUACAAAUUUAAUGCGUUCCGAACGCACAUUUGUAAGUCAAAAAAAAUCGUAAGUCGAAUCCCAUAGGAAUGCAUUGGGAGAAAAAAUUCGUACGUCGAAGCAGCCCUAUCUAAAAAUUCGUAAGUAGAAAAAAUCCUAUCUAAACCGCAUCCAAGAUGGCGGAUGGAGCUCCAUUCGUAAGUAGAAAAAUUCGUAAGUAGAGUUAUUCGUAAGUAGAGGUACCACUAUAUAGGGCUCUGUGUGACUGCUAGACCCAGGGUUAUAUCUCAAGCUGAAUGAGGCUGCACAGUGGAAGCAUCCAAUUAGUUCUUUUAAUUUCUGUUUGGGAUGCUUGUGUAGCACAAAAUCCGCCGUUAAUAAUAUUACGUAGAUUUCACAUCUAGAUCUCUUCUUAAGAGGGGACCUUUCUCCUGCUUUUGAAACAAGUUUCUUUUCUGUAAACUGUGCUCCUAAGCAUUCCAAUACAUUUUCAAAGGAACACCUUCAGUACCUCCCAUAUGCUGCUCACUGGUUUUGUAAAAUGAGAUACAAUUGUUUUCUAAAUAAAUGAUGAUCCACCUGC